AUGCCGCCUAGUCGGAGAAAGGGCGGAAAAAAAGCGGCGGCGGCCGCCGCUUGCAGUCAGUUUAAGGUCGGCGAUCUCGUGCUUGCUAAGGUUAAGGGAUUCCCUGUUUGGCCUGCGACGUUCUCCUUUGCUGAAGUAUGGUGUAGUGAAAAGUGCCUUAAGUAUGGUGUAAGUGGUUGCCCGUUGGGGCCUAGAGGCUCCCGGACUUUGGUGGAUGAGCCGCAGAAGUGGGGUUACUCUGCUGAUCGCAAGAAAGAAGUUAUACACUACUGUUGUCUAAAAAUGGCUGGGGUGAAGAAACCAAUGGCAGAUCAUCAGUUGCCACAGUAUGGCAGUGCCUAUCAGGUUUUCCGUGGCAGCACAUUGUGGCUGCUUUGGACGUUGGGAAAUGGCAUCGUGGAAAUCAUGCCUCAGACCUGUGUCUAG